AUGAGACAGGUUUGGAUGCGAAGCCACUCCCGGCCGGAUCAAGUUCCACUAGCUCUGCGAAGAAGAAUGCGCGAACGACCCCGUAAGCAGUUCCAAUCCCAGACUGGGCGGUCGCCGCGUGAUGCAGGAAGCUAUUUUCUCUUGACACCUACCAACUCCAAGGACGUCAUGCAGCAGGAGGGCAGAAGCGAUCAAGCUGCCGGAGUUCGCAAAGCGGUCAAAACCUGUAGGUCAAAACAGAGUCUUAUGAGACGUCUGGCUUCGGCUGAGCGCCAGGGCUUGCUUGACACGAGCGUGCUCGCAGCCAGUCUGCAGACUUGCGGUUACCAUCGUUGGUGGAAGGCGCUGCAGGAGGUUAUGGAUUUGGGUGCUCGGUUGCAGAUCCCCUUCAAUGGCAUAGCUACGAGUGUGUUAUUCAGGGCCUUGCUGUCUUGCGUGCAAGCUUUCACUGUGUCUCCACAGCGACUGUCCCGUCGCAAGACACGCGCUUUCAGGUUAGCCCGGCAAGUGAUGGGCAACUUUGUCCCUGAGACGGCGGUCGAUUUUAACGCUUUGCUUUCCAGCAUGUGCAGGCUAUGCGAUGAGAUCGGUUCUGAGGAAUCGCUUGCCUGGGCGGACAAGGAAUGGCAACGGUUCGAGCUUCUCCCUUUUGAGACAAACAUCGUGGCCUUUGCAGCUCGGCUGCAGCUACUAGAGCGCCAUGGACGUCAACAGGAAGUCGACCAGAUGCUGCGCAAAGACCUGGUUGGCCCGGAGCUUUCUCCGAAUGUUGUAGUGCUUGGAGGCCUUGUAAAUGCUGCAGCAAUCAACCAAGAUUGGCAGAGAGCUGAGAAGCUGUGGGAGUAUUUGGUGCAACUCCGCCAUGUCAAGCCGAACAUACCUGCGCACCUGGCAUACGCAAAGGCAUACAUGCUUGCGGGAAAGCCGUGUGAUGCGAUCCGUGUUGUUGAAAGUGCACUGGGUGACGCUGGCUGCGCUAUUACAUGUGCAAGUGACUACAAAGUCGCCGUGGAGUACACGCAAAACCUCGUCAUUGUCUGUCACUCCUUGCCAACACCGACCAACUUAUCAAAGCUUACUUCCACCUUGCAGCAGAAUGCAGAUUUGAUGAAAGGUAGUAUUCCUACAUCGGCCAAAGUGUGGUGGCAAAAACUCUCACAAGUGGCCGAUACGUUGCUCCAUGAUGCGACGCAGCUAGGACUCAAAGACGUCCUCAUCACCAGCAAUGCCACCACAUAUAGCGUCAUGAAGGACUGGGACAAUCUCCGGGCUGGAGCCGAUUACCUAUAA